AAAGGAUUUACAAUUAAUUGACAGUUUCGACAACAAAGCUGCAAAAAUAUUUACAGAUCGAAAUAUUCUAUGGAUAUUACGAACAUUUUAAAUGCAUGCAAACGUUUUUGUUGAGUAUAAUGUUUAAAGAUAAGUACUAUAAUUGUCUUAAAAUUAAAGAAAAUAUAAACAUUGUGGAAAUUACCAAAGUGAAACCUUAAAUUCCAUUAUUUAUGGUAUAAUGUUAGAUACUGUAAAAACAUAGGGACCUCAGAUAAAUUGCAAGAUAUUACAUCCUUAGCAGCAAAAGUGAUUUUAGUAGAUCUAUGGAUAAAAAGAGGUUGAGUCUCACUGUGGAAUUACUUUACUGUAUGGAUAUGUAGAAAAUACAGUUGUGCUAAAGAAGCAUGUGUGGAUGUGUGUGGCUGUAUUGAAUAUAUGGUAAUGUUGAUAAAGUAGAAUUUGUGCUCAGUAUGGAAUGCAUGACAGUAUACAAGGUGGACUUAGAGAGAAAACAUGUCCGCUUUCAGUCCCCGACAAACCAACUCGAUGUUUCAAAAGAUAAGCAAAAGCAAGAUCCUGCAAUGUCGACAGUACGCUGGGCGGAGAGUAGGCAGGGGAGGAAAUUGGUGACAACCACACAGCAGAUUAAUCUGAAGAACCAAACACAUGGUGGUCCUGGAGGCCUUGUCAGUUAUGAGGACCUUCUGAUUGCGCAAUACCUUGAUGAAUUGAGGAACUCCAAGAAAACCAGACAAACUCGUGAAGAAAGCCCAAAACCAUCACCCUACACACAAAAACUGCCCCAUUCUGACUACACAUACAAAUACCGUACCAGACGUCCAGUGUCUGCCUCAAACGCAACUUCUUCAGGAAAACCAAAAAUUGACGCAAAGUUCAUUGCCGACCCAAGUUUAUGGGAUCCUGCCACCCCUAGGAACAACAAUGAGGAAGGUCCAGAAAUGUACCAAGUGAUUGUAACAGAGAAAAGCUUGAAAUCUCGACAGAGACCAGCUAGUGCACCUGUAAAAAGAAAUAAAUUAAAUCGACCAACAAGUGCUGCAUCAACAUUAUCAUACUAUGGAAGAUCCAGACCAUUCUCUGGCAGGUCAUCCACAUACUAUGGAGGACGAAAGAUAAAAUCACAGUACAAAAAACAGCCACAUACAAUACGAGUGACAGCAUUUAGAAAUGGAACUAGAGAACCGUUCAUUAGACUGGCAGCACCAAGCAUGAAAAUGUUGUUAGAAUUCUGUACAGACAAGUUGAAUUUACCGUUUGCUGCACGACGGGUGUUUCUGGAGGACGGUAUUGAAGUGUUUACUGAGAAAGAUAUCCCUAUAGAUUCUGAAGUGUACAUUUCAACUGGAGAAAAUUAUAAAGAUCCUUACGCAACUACUAAAAGAAACAUAAUAUUGCACAAUGGGGCUAAAUGGACUCUAACUGGGGUCAUGUUACCAGAAGAGGGGAAAAAGAAAAUAUCCAAACCAAGAUUGUCUAAGAGAAUGAAGAAACUUGCUGAGGUGAAGCGUGUACGUAUUAUUGUAUAUAGAAACGGUAAAUGUACGGAACCAGUGGAAGUUGUUGCCGAUCUUUCAAAACUCGAGGAGUUUUUGGUAGCCUGUACAGCUAAACUAGAUCUAAGAAGUCAUGCAAGGAUUUUGUACGACUGGGAAGGGAAUGAAAUCACAUCACUUGCAGAAACACCAAUUUUAGAUGAUUGUCUGCAGUCAGGGGGUACCUACGUAUUGGGACCUGUGUGGGUGUCCACUGGCGAAGGCUUCAGUCCGUCAGGCACUAGGGAUUUCCUAAUCACCAUCAGGGAGGUCAUUAAGAAUAUGCAAAAUAUAAUACUGUUCUCGGGGGAAGGCACUGACGCUGCGCGGAGAUUAUACGGAAAUCGUGCAAUUUCAAUGCAGUUGCCGUGCAGUCUCCGCAAGCUUCCCACGGAAAUUGUACGGCGCGAAAGAAGAUACGAAGACGAUGCAGCCGACAUGAAGAAUAAUGAAAACUUGCUGGAGAUGGCCAAUGUAUAUAACCAUCUGAAAAAUGUUUUGCUCAUGUCAGGGCUGCUGCACGGCAAUGGUGUGGCCACCGUAGGCUUGCCGCGCGAUGAUUGCUCAUUAUCCGUGUGA